CUAAAAGCAGCAGUCACUACGUUCUUGUACCAGUGAAGACACGACCGUCGUUAAAAUAGCUACGGCACCUUUAAUCUUCAAUAUAUUGUCAUUUUUGUGAAUAGCGGAAGUGGUACUUAGACAUUUCAAGUUCGUCACAGAUCCACCCGUAACAAUGUCAGACAGUGGAGAUAACCAGGAUUCCCGACGGCUUCGAAAUAUGCAAGGUCUCCUGAACUUCUGCACGGAGAUCACAGCUCGCGAGGACACCACCGCUCCUUCGCAAAUUAGUGGCAUGGAUCCCGAGCGCCGAGCCUUUCUGGAGGAAGCGCUGUCAGGAAUGACCAUGAAUGUGGCCAAACUACUUGCUGAAUCGGUCCAAAAACUUUUAAGUGAAGCUGUUACAAUGCCAGAGGAGGAUGUCACAGAGCAGGAGGAAGCUAUUCAGCAGAUUGAAGAACAUGUGGAUGACCUGAAUCAUGCAAUGGACUUCUAUAAAAUGGGAGGUUUUCCAGCUCUACUGAGAUGUUUGAAUUCUCCUCACGCAAGUCUUCGAGUUGGAGCUGCUGGACUGAUUGGUGAUAUAUGUCAGAAUAACCUUGUGUGCCAAGAAAGUAUGCUUUCUUUAAAGGCAAUCCCUCCUCUUCUUGAGAUGAUGGACACUGACACAGAUAAACAAGCAAGAAUAAAAGCUCUUUAUGCUAUUUCAUGUCUGAUCAGAGAUUUCCCAAAAGGUGAAGAAAGUUUCUUGAAAGCAGAUGGUCUCUCCUAUUUAAUGCGUUCAAUGCAAUCCGGCAUUGAGAAGUUGAUUGUGAAGUCAACAUUCCUGUUAAAUAACCUUGUCAGAAACAAUGAAUCGUAUAUUGACACUGUUCUCUCAAUGGGAUAUGUUGAACAGUUGGCAGUAAUUCUUGGCAAUGAAGACACAGACAAUAUUUCCCGAGAGCAUUGUACUGCGGCAGUCUAUGGGUUGGCAUCGUCCUAUCCCCAGGCACUUCAGGAUGCUCUGAGACCAGAAUUGGGUCUACCACAGGUUCUACGAUCAAGAUUAAGUACAAUUAGUGGGAAAGAGGAAUUUCAGGAAGAGGAGAAUCAUAUUCAUGAUUUGCUAAAUCUCUUUCAACAAGGGGAUGAUGAUGAUGAACACAGAUAGCUUUUAUAUUUGUAAGGAUAACUAGAAAUAAAAAUUCAAUUUUAUGAAGUUUUUAUUUAAACAAUUGCAAUGUCAUGUAUAAGGAGGCCUUUUAGGGCACUAGCAUCUGUCACAUCUUUUGUUCUAAUCUGAGAUCUUUUGUAAAAUGUUCAUGUUUCACUUUAUUAGCAUAUUUGUAGGUGGUAUGUGCAGUAAAGUGCAGAUUUUUCUGUAUAUUACAGUAGCAGCACAAAAUAUUCCAUUGGUUCAUUAGACCCUGUACUAGUAAUACUUGUAUGUCAUUUUAACUUGUAGUUUAAGAAAAAUUUAAAAACAUUUUAAGUAUAGAAUGUUUUCUCUAUUGUGUUAGUAUGUUGGUGUAAAAGUAAUUAAUUAAAAAAUGUUUUCUGGAGAUGUUUAUGUAAAUGGAUUAGGAAGAUUUCAAUGACUAGAUCAGAAUUUUAUGUGACAGUGAUUACAAAUGUACAAAAUGAGUAAUUGUCAUAUGAUCUUUCAAUUUUAUAUAUGAAUUAUAUUAUGAAUACUGGAUCUGUACAAACUAUAAAAAGAAAGGAUGAAAAGAUGAACGUCUGGAUUAUUGGUAGUAUUUCCAGGUAGACAAUUUGUAAUUUUUGAAGCGAAUCUCUGUGAAAAUAGAGUAGGUGAACAUACCCAAGGAAUAUAUCUUAGACACCAGCUUUUACUGAAAAUAUUUUUUUUUACUGUUUGGAAUGAUGAUUAUAAAUUAAGACUUUCAAUUA